AUGCCUAAGAAGUUGGAUGGUCUUGGGAUCCGAAAAGCAAGAGAGACCAUUACUUCUUUGUUAGGUAAGCUGAUUUGGGGUCUCCGUCGAGAAUGUGAUUCUCUAUGGGUCCAUGUUUUUAAGCAUAAAUUAGGGGAAGGGAAAUCCUCUUUUUGGUUUUCCAAUUGGUCAGAGAUCAGGAAAUUAGCGGAGCCGAUUCUCUAUGUGGAUAUCCAUGAUUUGGAUAUGCGAGUGAAUGGUGUUUACUUGGAUGAGUAUUUGAACUUCAAUUCAUUAUAUACUAAUAUCCCUCUAGGUGUUUGUGAUCGCCUAGAAGCGCUUCCCAUUUGUUUGAAUUCUAUGGCGCCUAGUCGGUUAACAUGGAAAAGCAAUUUAGAUGGUAUCUAUACUGCUCGGGAUGGUUACUAUUGGCUCAAAAGACUUGAAGUUGUUAUGAAUACAACAAAUAAUAACCCUUGGAAGUGGGUAUGUCAUAUUCCUACUCUUGAGAAGGUGAAAUUCUUCCUUUGGACAACUUUAUAUAAGUAUAUUCCUAAGAGAUCGAUGCUGUGUCAUCAAGAAGCUGAGACAACUCGACACUCCCUGAGAGACUGUGAAUUUGCUACUCGCUUUUGGAAAUCUAUUAGCUUUUUGGGUCCAAUAUUUUUCCAAGGGGAUAUUUUAUAUGAUUGGAUUGGACAUGGAAUCGACGCUAUAUGUUUUCUCAAGCAUAAUCUGUCUCAUCCAAUGAGAACACUCACGUGGAAUGCACAUAAAGGUAGUAAUGUGAUUUUGAAUGUCGAUGGUAAUAGCCUCGGUAAACUCGGAGUCUCAAAUUUUGGUGGAUUAAUUCAAAAUGUUGAUUGUGCUUGUGUUCACAGUUUUGUGAGUAAUAUUGGUUAUUCCAACAUCCUUCACGUUGAGGUGAUGACGCUAUAUUAUGGUUCGUGUAUGGCCUUGGAACAUGGUAUCAAGGACUUGAUGUGUUAUUCUGACUCCGACACUGCUAUCAAGCUUAUCUGA